AUGGCUGAGUCCGCUCCCCCGGGAUUGGAAGGUAUUGUUGAGAGCCAGUACGCGCAGAUUGGCUCCCAUCGUUACCACUACUUGUAUUCCAAACCGCCCAAGGGCGAGUUCAAAGGGACUUUUUUGCUUUUUCACGGCUUCCCCGACAUUUCGUACGGCUGGCGUUAUCAGAUCGUCCUCCUUCACUCUCUUGGGUACGAAGUAGUUGCUCCUGACAUGCUCGGUUACGGCCGGAGUAGUGUCCCUAUCGAUCUUGAAGAAUACGCUGCCAAGACACAAGCCGACGACAUGGCAGUUCUUGCCGAGCGGAUCGCCCAUGGACGGCAGGUAUUCGUUGGUGGCCACGACUUCGGCGUUCUCGUGGCGUACAGAAUUGCCAUGUACUAUCCCAACUUAGUCCGAGGCCUUUUCGUUGCAGCGAUCCCUUUCCAACCGCCAGAGGUCAACUUCGAGUUUGCCGAUCGGAUUGGCGACGAAUCUUAUACCUCGAUUGGAUACAUGCGUCAAUUUGGCGACCCAGAAUUUCAUCAAAACUUCAUUGGGCCGGACAAAGUGUGGCAGCUAUUGAGUGCUUGUUACAAUGGAACAACGCCGGAGGGCGAACCAGGCGGCUCUCCUGAGGAAGGACUGGUGCUCGACAGAUUGCCUCGGAUCGGAUUAUCUUCUAUUGUAAAGCAAGAAGAGUUGGCGUACAUUGUGCGCGAGUACGGGGAAUCAGUACAGGGUCCUUUCAACUGGUAUCGCUUGUGGAAGAUCAAUUUUGACGCCGAUCUCUCCGCCGCAAGGAAAGGCAACAUCAGAUUCACAAUGCCGACACUGUUUAUUGGAGGCAAGAGUGAUCCAUACUUGCCUCCGUUUUUGAUAGAUGCGAUGCGAGGAUACUUUGACGAUCUUGAAAUUCAUCAAGUUGACGGGACGCACUGGGUGCUGUGGGAUGCGCGGAUGGAAGUUAACAAUUUGCUCGAGAAGUUUCUUUCAAGAUUCACAACUUAA